AUGGCUAGUAGAAGUAGAGGUAGAGGUAGAGAAGCUCGAGACACUGAGGAUCCUAUGGAAUGCAUAGCUCAAAUGCUGGAAGCCUUGGUGCACAACCAAGGUGGAGAACCAGCGGAGUACAGAGGGUUGUCUGCCUUCACUAGGCAUGACCCUCUAAAGUUUGAAGGAGGGUUUAAUCUUAAAGGAUCCCAGAGGUGGGUGGCUGACGUGGAGAAAGUAUUCAAUGCUAUGGGGUGCCGUGAGGAGCACAAGGUCCCCUAUGCCACCUACUUGUUGUGUGGGGAGGCUGAAGAUUGGUGGAGAUUUGCUAGCCAGACCUUGCCACAAGAAGAUGGCUAUAUACAGUGGGAGGCCUUCAAGACCAUCUUCUUGGGAAAUUACUUUCCCCGAGACCUGAAGAAACAGAAAGCCAGGGAGUUCCUUAAGCUGAGAUAG